CUCUCUCUCUCUCUUCCCAUCUCUUUCUCUCACCCUCGCUCUCUCUCCUUCUCGGUGGCUGUCGUGUGUUGUUGCGCUCCGUUAUUGAUGGGAAAAAAAACCAAAAAAGGAGAAGACGGGAGGAUAUGAUCGCAUUUUAUUUUUUUACCAACUGAACCAUCUUGUUGCGCCGGACUUCUACUGUCGGGGAUGGGGAGUAUCGAUUCACUGGAGGGCUGCAGAAUUUAUUUAUAAAGGAUGUGGUCAAGUAUGUUGGGAAAAUAGCCAUAGCUUCCGCAGUGUAAGGCCAAAUGACAUAGGAUGAAGGCUGUUCGAAACCUGUUGAUUUAUAUAUUUUCCACAUAUCUUCUGGUUAUGUUUGGAUUAACUGGUGCCCAAGAUUAUUGGUGUUCCACUCUGGUCAAGGGGGUCAUCUAUGGAUCAUAUUCAGUGACUGAAAUGUUCCCUAAGAACUAUACAAACUGUACAUGGACGCUGGAGAAUCCAGACCCUACCAAAUACAGCAUCUACCUGAAGCUAUACAAGCAAGACUUGAGCUGCUCCGAAUACUCGUUGCUUGCUUAUCAGUUUGAUCAUUACUCACACGAAAAGAUCAACGAAUUGCUGAGAGUCAAUGAGUCUAUAGUGUACCUGUGCGAUUCAAAGAAUAUUUAUGUAUUUUUGCUCUACGACAAGAAUUUUGUUCAACUACGGAGAGUUUUUCCCUACGAUUAUAACGGAUUGACGCCGCAGAAGCUGGAUGAAGAGGAGAAGUCCAUCGUGGAGUUUUUGGUGUUGAAUAAGGCGAGCCCCAGCCAAUUCGGGUGUCAAGUGCUCUGCACAUGGUUGGAAAACUGCCUGAAAUUAGAGAAAGGGACAGUGGAGACGUGUGGGAUCGUGUACACAAAAUGCACAUGUCCUCAGCAUUUAGGCGAUGGAGAAUCAGAGAGUAUGCUCAUGCUCAACAAUGUGGUUUUACCUUUAAAUCCACAAACGGAGGGUUGCUUGUCACCUCAACUACAAGCCGGACAGGUCUGCAAUCUGAGCGCAGAAGUGAAACGGCCUCCUAAGGAAGAAUAUGGAAUGAUCGGAGAGCAUACAGUAAAAAGUCAGCGGCCAAGAUCAGUUCAUGACACAAAGGCCCUGAAGGAGCAAGCUGAAUCUGCUAAAUUUAUGGCACAAACUGGUGAAUCAGGUGCAGAGGAGUGGUCCCAGUGGAGCUCAUGCUCUGUAACAUGCGGUCAAGGGUCGCAGGUGCGAACAAGAACAUGUGUCUCACCAUACGGAACUCACUGCAGCGGCCCUUUAAGAGAAUCAAGGGUUUGCAAUAACACUGCCCCUUGUCCAGUACACGGUGUGUGGGAGGAGUGGUCACCAUGGAGCCUGUGCUCAUUCACAUGUGGCCGAGGGCAUCGCACUAGGACUAGGAUGUGUGCCCCUCCCCAGCACGGAGGCAGGGCCUGUGAUGGACCUGAGACCCAGACUAAGCUUUGCAACAUAGCCCUGUGCCCAGUGGAUGGACAGUGGCAGGAGUGGAGCUCUUGGAGCGAUUGCUCGGUGACCUGUGCCAAUGGCACUCAGCAGAGGACCAGGCAGUGCUCAGCAGCCGCCCAUGGGGGAUCUGAGUGUCGCGGUCACUGGGCAGAAAGCAGAGAGUGCCAUAAUCCUGACUGCACAGCUAAUGGCCAGUGGAAUCCUUGGGGCCCGUGGAGUGGCUGCUCAAAGUCGUGCGAUGGCGGAUGGCAGCGGCGAGCACGAGUGUGUCAGGGGGCAGCAGUGACUGGUCAGCAGUGUGAUGGCACUGGAGAAGAAGUCCGAAAGUGCAGCGACCAACGCUGUCCAGCACCAUAUGAGAUUUGUCCUGAGGACUAUGCAGUGUCAAUGGUGUGGCGACGGACACCUUCAGGAGAACUGGCCUUCAAUAGAUGCCCGCCCAAUGCCACAGGCACCACUAGUCGACGCUGCUCUUUGGAUCACCGUGGUAUGGCCUUCUGGGAGCAGCCCAGCUAUGCUCGAUGCAUAACAAACGAAUUCAGAUACUUGCAGCAAUCAGAGGUUCAGGGGCACCUUGCAAAGGGACAGAGGAUGCUGGCGGGGGAUGGGAUGUCCCAGGUCACCAAGAACCUGCUGGACCUCACCCAGAGGAGGAACUUCUACGCCGGCGACCUGCUCUCGUCUGUGGAGAUCCUGCGCAACGUGACGGAGACGUUCAAGAGGGCGAGCUACGAGCCGUCAUCAGACGACGUGCAAAACUUCUUUCAAAUCAUCAGCAACCUCUUGGAGGAGGAAAAUAAGGAGAAAUGGGAGGAUGCACAAAAGAUAUAUCCAGGCGCAGUGGAGCUUAUGCAGGUCAUAGAGGAAUUCAUCCACAUUGUUGGACUGGGCAUGAAGGAUUUCCACAAUGCCUAUUUGAUGACCGGGAACUUGGUGGCCAGCAUCCAGAGACUUCCAGCAGUGUCUGUGAUGACUGACAUCAACUUCCCCAUGAAGGGUCGUAAAGGCAUGGUUGACUGGGCCAGGAAUUCUGAAGAUAAAGUGGUCAUCCCAAAGGGCCUCUUUGUUUCCCAGUCAGCAGAUAUGGAAGGAUCCCCUGUCUUCAUUCUGGGAACAGUUCUUUACAAAACUCUUGGACUGAUGCUGCCGUCACCAAAGAACCACACAGUUGUGAACUCCAAGGUUAUCGCCGUGACUGUGAGACCUGAGCCCAGGGCAACUGAGUCCCAUCUGGAGAUCGAACUGGCUCACCUGGCAAACGGAACAAUGCACCCUUACUGCGCACUGUGGGACAGCAAUGUAAUGAACGAUUCUUGGGGCGCCUGGUCCGCAAAAGGAUGUAAAACGGUGCUCACAGAUGCAUCCCAUACAAAAUGCUUAUGUGAUCGUGUGUCUACCUUCGCCAUUUUGGCUCAGCAACCAAGAGAAAUAACCAUGGAGUACUCAGGGGUUCCAUCUGUGACAUUGAUAGUUGGCUGUGGUCUCUCCUGCCUCGCCUUGAUUACGUUGGCAGUGAUCUAUGCCGUGCUAUGGAGAUACAUCCGCUCUGAACGAUCCAUCAUCCUGCUCAACUUCUGCCUGUCUAUAAUCUGCUCCAACAUACUGAUCCUUGUCGGACAAACACAGACCCACAAUGCGGGUGUAUGCAUCAUGACAACGGCCUUUCUGCACUUCUUCUUCCUGGCGUCGUUCUGCUGGGUCCUCACCGAGGCCUGGCAGUCCUACAUGGCAGUGACGGGAAAGGUUCGGACCAGGCUCAUACGCAAGCGCUUUCUUUGUCUGGGCUGGGGAUUACCAGCUUUAGUGGUUGCUGUUUCAAUGGGAUUCACCAAAACAAAGGGCUAUGGGACACCCUUAUACUGUUGGCUGUCUUUGGAGGGUGGGCUCCUGUAUGCCUUUGUUGGACCCGCAGCUGCUGUUGUUCUGGUCAACAUGGUGAUCGGUAUCUUGGUGUUUAACAAGCUUGUGUCCAGAGAUGGCAUUCUGGACAAGAAGCUGAAGCACCGAGCAGGGUAUGACAGCACAUCCUUACAGAUGAGUGAGCCGCAUACAGGAUUAACUCUCAAGUGUGCCAAAUGUGGUGUUGUAUCAACAACUGCUUUAUCAGCAACUACAGCUAGCAAUGCAAUGGCGUCCCUGUGGAGUUCCUGUGUCGUCCUACCUCUGUUGGCUUUGACCUGGAUGUCCGCAGUGCUCGCCAUGACAGACAAGCGCUCCAUCCUCUUUCAGAUCCUCUUCGCAGUUUUUGACUCACUGCAGGGAUUCGUCAUUGUGAUGGUGCACUGCAUCCUACGGAGAGAGGUCCAAGAUGCUUUCCGAUGUCGGCUCAGAAACUGCCAAGACCCAAUCAGCGGCGAUGCAACAGGAACGUUUCCCAACGGGCAUGCUCAGAUAAUGACAGACUUCGAGAAAGACGUGGACAUCGCUUGCCGAUCAGCACUCCACAAAGACAUGGGCUCUUGUCGUGCUGCCACCAUAACGGGUACCCUCUCUCGCAUUUCCCUCAACGAUGAAGAGGAUGAGAAGGCUCCGGAGGGCCUCAACUACUCCACGUUGCCUGGCAACAUCAUCUCCAAAGUCUUAAUACAGCAGCCUUCGGCUCUGCACAUGCCAAUGAGCGUGGGUGAGCUGAAAGAGCAGUGCAUGGUUGACAGCAACGUCGACAUGCGGCGCACCGUUUACCUGUGCACCGACGAUGCCCUGCGAAAGAGCGAUCAGGACAUGGGCGGCCACGACAUGGACGGCCACUCGGCACAGGGCCAGAUGAUGGAGACGGACUACAUAGUCAUGCCGCGUGCCUCUGCCGCAGCGAUGUCAGGGGUGGGUAACGUGCCCACCCUCCUGAAAGAGGACACCAAGAUGAACAUCACUAUGGAUACGCUGUCACACGAGAGGCUGAUGCAUUACAAGAUGAGUCCCGAUUUCAACAUUAGCCCAUCGGGCAUGGACCACAUGAAUGUGAACCUGGAGCAGCAGUAUCCUGGUGCUCCAGAGCAGAUGCAAAACCUGCCCUUUGAACCUCGCACGGCUGUUAAGAACUUCCUCGCUGAGAUGGAGGAAUCUGCGGGGCUUUCUAGGAGUGAGACAGGGUCAACAAUAUCUAUGAGCUCCUUAGAGAGACGAAAGUCACGAUAUUCUGAUCUGGACUUCGAGAAAGUCAUGCACACCAGGAAAAGACACAUGGAGCUGUUCCAGGAACUGAAUCAGAAAUUUCAAACCCUGGACCGAUUUCGAGACAUACCAAAUAUGGGCAGCAUGGACAAGGCCAUGCCAAACAAGAACCCCUGGGAGAGCUACAAUCCAGCCUGUGAGUACCAGAAUUACGCCACUAUGAAUGUACUAGAAUCUGACACCAAGGACUCACUGGAGAUGACGCCUGCAGAGUGGGAAAAGUGUGUCAACUUACCCUUAGACGUCCAGGAAGGAGACUUCCAGACGGAGGUCUAAGAGGGUGAAGAAUGGUGAAGAAUGGUGAAGAAUGGAGAAAAUGCAAACUAUGAAAGAAGGAGAAAGUUGUGUAUUUUGCACUGAAUAAAGCAACAGACUUUUCUAACAGCCUUGGCAUACAUAUCUGGAUAAUACGAGUGUGGCAGGGACAUUAUGUGCCAAUACCAUGAAUGGACUGAGGAGAGAGAGAGAGAGAGAGAAAGAAAAAUCGGCAGAAAAAACAUCAGUGUUACUUUUUGUAUUCUCACUAGUGUACUUAGUGUGGGGCAGCCUGGUGUACAAUAUUUACCAUCACGUGUUUCAAAUUAUCUGUUGAGGUAUUGGCUUGAAAAAAAAAAACAAAAAACAAAACGGAGAAAAAAAAAAGGGUUUAUCUCUCUAGAUAAAAACCUCACAAAGCAAAUGACGUGCCAUGUCGUCCCAGCUUCAUUGGGUCAAGUUUUGAUUUCAUAAAACUUGACCCGGGAGCACAAUGUAUAUAUUUAUGCAGGUUUUUAAAAAGUUUAUAACAGUCUGUUUGGCCAUUACUACACUUUUUACUUUAUGAUAUAAAAACAUGGGAGGCAAAGAGGAUUUUUUCUGUCAUAUUAAAAUGAAUGUUUGUCAAGCUACAUUCUUCAUUGCUUUAAAUGCAAUAAAGAUAAUACUCACUUUUAUAUAAAUAAUAUAUUUCACAACUUUAAUACUGCAGAAUCUGCUUGAAGGAUCCCAGCAAGCUCUCACAUCUGCAGCUCUGUAUAAAAUAUUUAAAAACAAAAUGUUGUAUGGUGUAAAUAAACUUUUGUCUACA